AUGCGACGGGCAGGACUAGCGAGACGACGGCGGGGAGUGCGGCGGUUGGCACGGGCGACAUCUGUGGUUGCGGCUGGGUGCGGGGUUCUGGCGGCGCUGUUAACCUCGCCGUAUGUGGUUGCCAACGCGACUGGCCACAGCAAGCAGUACACAGCCGCCGAGGGCUCCGGCGCGUUCGACACACUCGACGGGUUCCUCUUUGUCAUUGCCGGCGUAUGCGGGGCGCUGGUCCUCACCGCGCUUGUCGGCCUCGCCGCGGGAUAUGCCGACGUGCCGUCGGCCAACAUGCUCUGGGCAUACUCGGCUGUCAUGGGUGUGCUGAGUCUCGGGGUAAUGGUGGCGAUUGUGCUGCCGUGGGUCGCGCACCCAGCUGAGUAUGCUGAUCAGCAAGAGACGGUAUGGGGAUCUGGUCCGGCGGGGCUUGCUGCUACUGUGGCGGCGGCUCUGGUUGCGGGCGGUGCGGCGGCGGCGGCGGCGGGAGCCGGAUGGCGGCACGCCAAGCUGGCGGCGCUCUCCGACGCGGACAAGGAGGAGCUGGCCAAGCUUCUUGCACCACCGGCGCUCCGUGUCCGGCGCGAGACGCAAGCGCUGCGCCCAAGCGAUGACCCCCCUUCGCCGCUCAACUCGGACGUGAUGCUUGGCGGACAUCGAUCGGGGCUUGUUGAGACGGCAGCCAUCGACAUUCCUGGCACGGGCGAGGUCUCGCGGGCGGCGGCGGCUUCGCUCUCUGCAGCCUCGCAGGCUGACGUCAUUACGGUCGAUCCGCUGGUGGCGCGGUCGUGGCUUCGGUGACUGGUUGCCGUUUACUUUGUGCGGUUGGCAAUCUUGGCGAGGAGGUCGGAGAAGACGCGGGCGUCAAAGUGGUCAAAACCUGAGAUGUCGGCCUCGAGCUCGGCAACCGCUGCAGCCUCGUAGGCCCGGAACUCGGCCUCGAGCUCCAGGUCGCGGUAGAUGGACUUGACGGCCUCGACGAAGAACGCGUCCGAGCGGCCGUAGUUGUUCUCCAGCGCCCGGCGCUGGUCCGGCGACGCCCGUUCGAGUGCGGUCACCACCAGCCACGUGCACUUGUUGUCCUGGAUGUCGGUCCCGAUCUUGCCCGACACCGCAGGAUCCCCAAAGCAGUCGAGCACGUCGUCCUGGAUCUGGAAGUACCGGCCCAUGUCGAGCAGGAUGCGCUCGGCGUCGGCAAAGGCCUGCGGCUCGUUCACGUUGGCAAGGGUCAUGCCCAGCGAGACCGGAAGGAAGAACGAGUAGUACCCGGUCUUGUACUUGACGAUCUGGUUGUACUUGGCCAUAGUAAACCGCGAGAGGUCCA